AUGAGCCAAGAUGUCGUUAUUGCUGCAGAUGAUGAACGCCCUUAUUUCACACCAGGAACUAUCGGAUUUGGCCGGAUAAUCAUGAUCAGUGACAAUCUGUUCACAAUGAUUACCAAUAACAAAUUCCUGAAGGACAACAAUUUGACGAACUAA